AUGAUGCAAACACUACGAGAGGGAUAUAUAGAUAACCAACAUCCCCGGGAUAAGGCCACCCCCAGCGGAGCCUCGCGUUUCAAUCCAUUUACCAUGGGCGCCACACAACCUACAACAUCUGUUAAUCUCGCAUCGUCUUUUUCAGCGCCUCCACAGCCCUUUUUUGAAGAUUCCAGACCGUCAGACUCCAGCGUCUAUUUGGAUCUGGCAUCCGAACGCCAGUCGAUGCGCACGAGUCAUCGAGACUUGGAACACGAACUUUUACAGUCAAUGCGAUCUCUCGAUUUGAUGCCCAAAAGCCACGCCGUAAGUAACGAAAUACCGUCUAUUUUCGAGUCUGUUGUCGCCGGGGGCUCUAUGGCACCUCUGCCGCAGGAGAAGCAGUUUUUCAUUUUAUCUUCUGCAGGAAAGCCGGUUUACUCCAUGCAUGGGCAGGAUGAGCUAGUCAUGGGGCUUAUGGGUAUUGUCCACACCGUGAUAAGCUACUUCAAGGUGCAUAACACUAAAAUGCACUCCAUCGUAAACUCAUGUGGCAACCACGUAAAACAAAAGUUUGUCUUCCUCGAUAAGACUCCUAUCAUAUUGAUGGCAAUGUCGUCCCGCGAGGAAUCUGUCAAUGAUCUUCUGCAACAGCUCGAUUUCCUAUAUUCUUACCUCAUUUGCACGUUGAGCAGACGUCAAUUAACUCGCUUGUUUUCUAAACGCGACAACUUCGAUCUCCGUCAUUUUCUCACCAACACAGAUUUCCAAAAUUUAAAUCACAUCUGCGACUCUAUCUCAAAUGGAUUCAAUCCUGAUUUUUUGCUUGGCGCCUUAAGGUGUUUAACUCUUCGAAAAUCGACUCGUCAGACUCUACAUUCCAUCAUGCUGGCGCAGGUUCAACAUCCAGACGUUGCUGCCCAACGAAACACAAUUUUGUAUGGUUUGAUUGUGGCGCCUGGUGGCCAAUUAUGCUCAGUAUUAAGACCAAGAGGCCAUACUUUACACACCACCGACCUUCAUCUUUUAUUUUCAUUGAUUUUUAAUCAAUUCCAAGGGUUACAGGAUGAUCAGGAACUGUGGUUGCCAAUAUGCUUUCCAAAAUUUAACUCGAGUGGUUUUCUUCAUUGCUACAUAAGACUUCUAGCGCACGAAAACCCUCAAAAAAAGUCCAAGAAAACUCCCAGUCCUGAAGCUCUAGAGGCGAGUGUAGACGCACAGCAUGAAGGAGCUCACAAACUCGUGUCAUCAAAACCAGCGUUGGUACUAAUUAGUGCUCAAAAGGAGAGCUUUUUCGCCUUAAAAAAAAUUGGUCAAGGAAUCGUUAGUGAAUUACACAACAAAAAUCUCUUGGAACAAAUUGAAGCGGCUUCAACUUUGGGCUUUACUAUGGCUGACAUACCUGCUAAAUUCGUUCAUCAUUUCAUCUACAAAUCCAAAAAGCAUGUCCAAUAUAUUAUGCCACGGCUUGAUGACCUGGACCUGUAUAACAUGAGCGCGAGUGACGACGCCAGAAGUACCUUCUCAGCUAAUGAUGAGAAUGCGAGUGUUGAAAAUGAUCCUGAUCCUAUAAACAACGGUACAAGUGACGCUAAGGUUAGGCAAAAAGCCUAUCUGUACAAACUUAUGCGUUAUUAUACACAUAUUCGAAACAAUGCCAUGGACGAAAGCGGGAGCGCAUUCAAUCGAUCUACUUUAACGUUUGUUCAAUGGUCCAAUGAUGGCAUGAGGCUCAAUGAUCUUCCUCAAGGAGAGGAAGUUGAUACGUUAUGCCUUGCCUGGCUAACUCCCAAUUUUGAAUUGUUUCUGAUUUGCAAUAAUGGCGUCAGUGAUCGAAACACAAUUUUAAAAAGCGCUAAAAAUAUCGUGGACUGGUGCCGCAAAAAUGAAGAUAGGUUAUUCGUGAAAAACGGCGCGGUGUUUUGA